AUGGCCACCGCAACGAGCACCCAGGUCCCCGCAGACCUCAUCUGGGAGAUUGUCCGAGACAACAACUCCUACCUCGUUAAGAGAAAGGAGUCUGGCGGUAUCCAGUUCUCGCGCGAUCCCCUGAACCUGACCAACAAGAACAGCCGCAAGUAUGCUGGGUUCGUAAACAACAAGGCUAUCGGUGUCCAGUUCGCAGAGAAGGGCGGUGUCAAGAUCAUCAGCAAGAAGCAGUCGGCGGCCCACCAACCUGCCAAGUCCUCGAUCACAACUACCCAUAACGGCGGCCAGACCACACGAAAGAUCUACAAGUCCGUAGCCAACAAGACGGCCAAGUCCGGCUACCGACCCGACCUACGUGAGGCUGCCGUCGCUCGCGUCUCCGCCGUCCGCCGGUCCCAGAAGGACCCCAAGCCGACUCCGGAGCCGAAGCUCCGAGGCGCGAAGGCGAAGAAGGCCGCCGCCGCCGGGGAGUCGUGA